UCUCUGCCCCUCCCUGGGCAGGUGCUUUCACCUGCCCAGGUGACAGUAAUGAGCCCUGGCAGCGCGUUCUUGCCGGUUGAGGGAGGGUGGAGCGGCGGGAGGGGCGCAGCUGUUGGGAGCGGAUUGCUGCAGGCCGCGCGAUCCGGGCUGGGGUCCGACCUCAGAACCAGCAUCCUCACCUGGCCCGGCUGCAGUGAGACCAUGGCAGCAGUGACCAUGUCGGUGCCGGGGCGGAAGGUGCCCCCCAGGCCGGGCCCAGUGCCCGAAGCGGCCCAGCCGUUCCUGUUCACGCCGCGUGGGCCCAGCAUGGGCGGUGGGCCUGGGGGCUCGGGCACCUCCCCGCAGGUGGAGUGGACGGCCCGGCGCCUCGUGUGGGUGCCCUCGGAGCUGCACGGGUUCGAGGCCGCGGCGCUGCGGGACGAGGGCGAGGAGGAGGCCGAGGUGGAGCUGGCGGAGAGCGGCCGGCGGCUGCGGCUGCCCCGGGACCAGAUCCAGCGCAUGAACCCGCCCAAGUUCAGCAAGGCCGAGGACAUGGCGGAGCUGACCUGCCUCAACGAGGCCUCGGUGCUGCACAACCUCCGCGAGCGCUACUACUCGGGCCUCAUCUACACGUACUCCGGACUCUUCUGUGUGGUCAUCAACCCGUACAAGCAGCUUCCCAUCUACACAGAGGCCAUUGUGGAGAUGUACCGGGGCAAGAAGCGCCAUGAGGUGCCGCCUCACGUGUAUGCAGUGACCGAGGGGGCCUACCGAAGCAUGCUCCAGGAUCGUGAGGAUCAGUCCAUUCUCUGCACCGGGGAGUCUGGGGCCGGGAAGACGGAGAACACCAAGAAGGUCAUCCAGUACCUCGCCCACGUGGCAUCGUCGCCGAAGGGCAGGAAGGAGCCGGGCGUCCCCGCCUCCGCCAGCACCAUGUCUUACGGGGAGCUGGAGCGGCAGCUGCUUCAGGCCAACCCCAUCCUGGAGGCCUUCGGCAACGCCAAGACGGUGAAGAAUGACAACUCCUCCCGAUUUGGCAAAUUCAUCCGCAUCAACUUCGACGUUGCCGGCUACAUCGUGGGCGCCAACAUCGAGACCUACCUGCUGGAGAAGUCGCGGGCCAUCCGCCAGGCCAAGGACGAGUGCAGCUUCCACAUCUUCUACCAGCUGCUCGGGGGCGCCGGCGAGCAGCUCAAGGCCGACCUGCUCCUGGAGCCCAGCUCCCACUGCCGCUUCCUGACCCACGGCCCGCCGCCCGCCCCCAGCCAGGAGCGGGAGCUCUUCCAGGAGACGCUGGAGUCCCUGCGGGUCCUGGGAUUCACCCACGAGGAGAUCACCUCCAUGCUGCGCACGGUCUCGGCGGUCCUGCAGUUCGGCAACGUCGUCCUGAAGAGCGAGCGGAACACGGAUCAGGCCACCAUGCCAGACAACACAGCCGCACAGAAGCUCUGCCGCCUCCUGGGACUGGGGGUGACAGAUUUCUCCCGCGCCCUGCUCACCCCUCGCAUCAAAGUUGGCCGAGACUACGUGCAGAAAGCCCAGACCAAGGAGCAGGCUGACUUCGCGCUGGAGGCCCUGGCCAAAGCCACCUACGAGCGCCUCUUCCGCUGGCUCGUCCUGCGUCUCAACCGCGCCCUGGACCGCAGCCCCCGGCAGGGCGCCUCCUUCCUGGGCAUCCUGGACAUCGCCGGCUUCGAGAUCUUCCAGCUGAACUCCUUCGAGCAGCUGUGCAUCAACUACACCAACGAGAAGCUGCAGCAGCUGUUCAACCACACCAUGUUCGUGCUGGAGCAGGAGGAGUACCAGCGCGAGGGCAUCCCCUGGACCUUCCUGGACUUCGGCCUCGACCUGCAGCCCUGCAUCGACCUCAUCGAGCGGCCGGCCAACCCGCCCGGGCUGCUGGCCCUGCUGGACGAGGAGUGCUGGUUCCCGAAGGCGACAGACAAGUCGUUCGUGGAGAAGGUGGCCCAGGAGCAGGGCGGCCACCCCAAGUUCCAGCGGCCCAGGCACCUGCGGGAUCAGGCCGACUUCAGUGUCUUGCACUACGCGGGCAAGGUCGACUACAAGGCCAACGAGUGGCUGAUGAAAAACAUGGACCCUCUGAAUGACAACGUUGCAGCCCUGCUUCACCAAAGCACAGACCGGCUGACGGCGGAGAUCUGGAAAGACGAACACGGGGGCUUCCAGCACUUCUCUUUCCUUGAUUCCUUCCCGCCGGCGGCUCCAGGAAGCGCAGGGAGGUUUGGCUCUGCCGUGUCUGCGUCAGGGGUGGAAGGCAUCGUGGGGCUGGAACAGGUGAGCAGCCUUGGGGACGGCCCACCGGGUGGCCGCCCCCGCCGGGGCAUGUUCCGGACGGUGGGACAGCUCUACAAGGAGUCCCUGAGCCGCCUCAUGGCCACACUCAGCAACACCAACCCCAGUUUUGUCCGCUGCAUUGUCCCCAACCAUGAGAAGAGGGCUGGGAAGCUGGAGCCCAGGCUGGUGCUGGACCAGCUGCGAUGCAACGGCGUCCUGGAGGGCAUCCGCAUCUGUCGCCAGGGCUUCCCCAACCGCAUCCUCUUCCAGGAGUUCCGGCAGCGGUACGAGAUCCUGACGCCUAACGCCAUCCCCAAGGGCUUCAUGGACGGGAAGCAGGCCUGCGAGAAGAUGAUCCAGGCCCUGGAUCUGGACCCCAACCUCUACCGCGUGGGACAGAGCAAGAUCUUCUUCCGGGCGGGGGUCCUGGCCCAGCUGGAAGAGGAGCGGGACCUGAAAGUCACCGACAUCAUCGUGUCCUUCCAGGCAGCUGCCCGGGGAUACCUGGCCCGCAGGGCCUUCCAGAAGCGGCAGCAGCAGCAGAGCGCCCUGCGGGUCAUGCAGCGGAACUGCGCCGCCUACCUCAAGCUCAGGCACUGGCAGUGGUGGCGGCUGUUCACCAAGGUGAAGCCACUGCUGCAGGUGACGCGGCAGGACGAGGUGCUGCAGGCGCGGGCCCAGGAGCUGCAGAAAGUGCAGGAGUUGCAGCAGCAGAGCGCCCGCGAAGUGGGCGAGCUCCAGGGCCGCGUGGCACAGCUGGAAGAGGAGCGCGCCCGCCUGGCCGAGCAGCUGCGGGCGGAGGCGGAGCUGUGCGCGGAGGCGGAGGAGACGCGGGAGCGGCUGGCGGCCCGCAAGCAGGAGCUGGAGCUGGUGGUGUCGGAGCUGGAGGCUCGCAUGGGCGAGGAGGAGGAGUGCAGCCGCCAGCUGCAAACCGAGAAGAGGAGGCUGCAGCAGCACAUACAGGAGCUGGAGACCCACCUGGAGGCGGAGGAGGGGGCGAGGCAGAAGCUGCAGCUGGAGAAGGUGACGACGGAGGCCAAGCUGAAGAAGUUCGAGGAGGACCUGCUGCUACUGGAGGACCAGAACGCCAAGCUGAGCAAGGAGCGGAGGCUGCUAGAGGAACGUUUGGCCGAGUUCUCGUCCCAGGCGGCCGAGGAGGAAGAGAAGAUCAAGAGCCUCAAUAAGCUGCGACUCAAGUACGAGGCCAUGAUUGCGGACAUGGAGGGUGAGCACCGCCCACCUGCCGGGGACGGGGACCGUGCGCGCCGUGGCGGGGCCUCGGGCAAGCUCCACGUGCUGUGGGGCCUCGGUGGCCACCUCCGCCAAAUGGGAUCGGAAAGAAGGCUCAGAACCGCUCGGAGCAGGAAGAUCGCCAGGACUGGAGAAGCUGAGGGCGCUGGACGGCGAGAGCUCGAGCUGCAGCAGAUGGCGGAGCACCACAGAGGCGAGACUGCGGAGCGGAGGCUGCUAGAGGAGCGUUUGGCUGAGUUCUCGUCCCAGGCGGCCGAGGAGGAAGAGAAGAUCAAGAGCCUUAAUAAGCUGCGACUCAAGUACGAGGCCAUGAUUGCGGACAUGGAGGCAUCGCCUAUGGUGGCUGUUGAUGUUAUUCCCAUUUUACAGCUAAGAAAAACUGAGGCUGUAAGUACCGGAGUCACAUGCCAGGUGGCAGAGCCGGGAUUCGAACCUGAGACUGGCCACUCCCCAAAACUCACGUCUGGCCUUUCGGCCCCCAGAAGUCGCCUCCCCUGCCCCUGCACCAACUCCGUGGUCCUUGUCCCCUGCAGGGCAGAAGACGAGGGCGGGGCCCGGGCCCAGAUGCUCAAGUCCCUGCGGGAGGCGCAGGCGGCCCUGGCUGAGGCCCAGGAGGACCUGGAGGCCGAGCGCGCGGCCAGGGCCAAGGCGGAGAAGCAGCGCCGCGACCUGGGCGAGGAGCUGGAGGCGCUGCGGGGCGAGCUGGAGGACACGCUGGACUCCACCAACGCGCAGCAGGAGCUGCGGUCCAAGAGGGAGCAGGAGGUGACGGAGUUGAAGAAGGCUCUGGAGGAGGAGACCCGCGUCCACGAGGUGGCCGUGCAGGAGCUGAGGCAGCGGCACGGCCAGGCCCUGGGGGAGCUGGCGGAACAGCUGGAGCAGGCCCGGAGGGUGCCAUCUGACGUCCCCCCCAGCCGUGCGUGGUGGGGGCUUGAGGAGCAGGCAGGGUCGCUGGCUGGAGGCCUCAUCCUGCUGCCUUCCCCGCAGGCGGAGCUGGAGAACGUGUCCGGGGCGCUGAGCGAGGCCGAGUCCAAAGCCAUCCGGCUGAGCAAGGAGCUCAGCAGCACGGAAGCCCAGCUGCACGACGCCCAGGAGGUGCUGCAGGAGGAGACCAGGGCGAAGCUGGCCCUGGGGUCCCGGGUGCGAGCCCUGGAGGCCGAGGCGGCCGGGCUGCGGGAGCAGCUGGAGGAGGAGGCGGCGGCCAGGGAGCGCGCGGGCCGCGAGCUGCAGACCGCCCAGGCCCAGCUCUCAGAGUGGCGGCGGCGCCAGGAGGAGGAGGCAGGCGCCCUGGAGGCAGGGGAGGAGGCCCGGCGCCGGGCGGCCCGCGAGGCUGAGGCCCUGACCCAGCGCCUGGCCGAGAAGACGGAGACGGCGGAUCGGCUGGAGCGGGGCCGUCGCCGGCUGCAGCAGGAACUGGACGACGCCACCAUGGACCUGGAGCAGCAGCGGCAGCUCGUGAGCACUCUGGAGAAGAAGCAGCGCAAGUUCGACCAGCUUCUGGCGGAGGAGAAGGCGGCGGCGCUGCGGGCCGUGGAGGAGCGCGAGCGGGCGGAGGCGGAGGGCCGGGAGCGCGAGGCGCGGGCCCUGGCGCUCGCGCGCGCGCUGGAGGAGGAGCAGGAGGCGCGGGAGGAGCUGGAGCGCCAGAACCGCGCCCUGCGAGCCGAGCUGGAGGCGCUGCUCAGCAGCAAGGACGACGUCGGCAAGAGCGUGCACGAGCUGGAACGAGCCCGGCGGGUGGCAGAACAGGCAGCCAGCGACCUGCGGACGCAGGUGACCGAGCUGGAGGACGAGCUGACGGCGGCAGAGGACGCCAAGCUGCGUCUGGAGGUGACCGUGCAGGCUCUCAAGACGCAGCACGAGCGGGACCUGCAGGGCCGCGACGAGGCCGGUGAAGAGAGGCGGCGGCAGCUGGCCAAGCAGCUGAGGGAUGCCGAGGUGGAGCGGGACGAGGAGCGGAAGCAGCGGGCCCUGGCCGUGGCCGCCCGCAAGAAGCUGGAGGCCGAGCUGGAGGAGCUGAGAGCGCAGACGGCGGCCGCGGGGCAGGGCAAGGAGGAGGCGGUGAAGCAGCUGCGUAAGAUGCAGGCCCAGAUGAAGGAGCUGUGGCGGGAGGUGGAGGAGACGCGAAGCUCCCGGGAUGACAUCUUUGGCCUGAACCGGGAAAGUGAGAAGCGCCUCAAGGCGCUGGAAGCGGAGGUGCUGCGGCUGCAGGAGGAGCUGGCCGCCUCAGACCGUGCCCGGAGGCAGGCCCAGCAGGAUCGGGAUGAGAUGGCAGACGAGGUGGCCAAUGGCAACCUUAGCAAGGCAGCCAUUCUGGACGAGAAGCGGCAGCUGGAGGGGCGCCUGGGGCAGAUGGAAGAAGAGCUGGAGGAGGAGCAGAGCAAUGCAGAGCUGCUCAAUGACCGCUACCGCAAGCUGCUCCUGCAGGUGGAAUCGCUAACCACGGAGCUGUCUGCCGAGCGCAGUUUCUCAGCCAAAGCAGAGAGCGGGCGGCAGCAGCUGGAGCGGCAGAUCCAGGAGCUCCGGGGCCGCCUGAGUGAAGAGGAUGCUGGGGCCCGGGCCCGCCAGAAGAUGGCCAUCGCUGCCCUUGAGUCUAAGUUGGCCCAGGCCGAGGAGCAGCUGGAGCAGGAGAGCAGAGAGCGCAUCCUCUCUGGCAAGCUGUUACGCAGAGCCGAGAAGCGGAUUAAAGAGGUGGUGCUCCAGGUGGAGGAGGAGCGGAGGGGGGCUGACCAGCUCCGGGACCAGCUGGAGAAGGGAAACAUUCGAGUGAAACAGCUGAAGCGGCAGCUGGAGGAGGCGGAGGAGGAGGCUUCCCGGGCUCAGGCUGGCCGCCGGAGGCUGCAGCGUGAGCUAGAGGAUGUCACAGAGUCUGCCGAGUCAAUGAACCGCGAGGUGACCACGCUGAGGAACCGGCUUCGACGCGGCCCCCUCACCUUCACCACCCGCACGGUGCGACAGGUCUUCCGACUAGAGGAGGGCGUGGCAUCCGACGAGGAGACUGAGGAGGCAGAGCCAGGGGCUGGGCCACCAGCCCCGGAGGCUGACGGGUCCCCACAAGCCCAGCCCCAGUGACCCCGCCCUGCCUCCAGAUAUACUGACAGGACCCAGGUCCCUUCCUCCCUGGCCCCUGCGGGCACGUGUCCCAGGAACCCCACUCUCUGGCUUCUUGCACUUUGGAAAUGUGCCGCCCUCUGGCACUUUGGCAUUUAUCAACCCCACCCCGGGCCCCCUGAGACUUCCCAUCAACCAAUGACCCCUGAACACACAGGAGUGGGGCUCUCUUGCUUGUGGGGACAUUGGGCACAGUCGGCGAGCUGUGGUCCCAUCAGCUCCCCAUCCUUCCCUCGGUUGUUAAUGAUCUUUAUAUAUUAGGAGCGAGAUGGGCUCCCCUGCCCCACUCAGUGCUCCAUUUCCUCUGCUUCUCCCUGCCUCCCUCCCUGGCUCUUUCUCCUUCUCUGCAUCUCUCUAGGAUUCUUGCUCUCACACUUUUGUAUCUCCAUGUAGCCACUCUCCUUCCCCCAUUUCUGCCCCUACCCCUAAACUUCUGAGUGACCGAAGCUCGCUGGAGCCCCAGGCCUCCACCAGCCUCGAACCCUUGCAAGGAGCAGGACAAGGGGACCCCUCCCGCUCCCCUCCUGCCCCAUGCUCUGCCCUCCCUUCUGACUGCUCCUGUGUGAUCAAGGUUUGGAGUUUCUCUGGGGUGCUGGAGGAACCCCCCCUUACCCUCCCGGCCUCCAGUUCUGGCAGUAAUAAACUCCAACCCCCAACUGGACCCUU